AUUUUAUUGUCAUGACCAAAGUCCAACUGUUGCAACAAUACGCACCAACUUCAACAGUGGAAAGCUCUAGAAAGGAUUUCCCAGGAUUUGGAUUUGAAAUAAAAGGACUAACUGCAGGUAUUCAUAAAGGAUGACGACUCACAAGUACAGGAAGUGAUCCACUGAAGCCACAGGAUGGUAAAAAGUGUACUAGUGGCUUAUGCCCUCUGGGUAGUAGGUGGACCUAUGGGCCUUCACCAUCUCUAUUUAGGAAGAGACAGCCAUGCACUGUUAUGGAUGCUGACCCUGGGAGGAUUUGGGUUUGGCUGGAUGAGAGAGGUCAUACGUAUUCCAGGAUAUGUCAGUGAGGCCAAUAAAAAUGAAGAGAAAGAAAGAAAAAUAACUCAUAACAUCCCACCUGUCAGUCCUGUAAGAUUUGCUGGACAGGUGUGUGUUGGGAUCUACUUUGGCACUGUGGCUUUAAUAGGACUUAACUCCCUCAGUUUCUUCUAUUUGAUUGUUCUUCCAUUAAGUGUGGGUGCAGGGGUACAUCUGGUGUCCAAUGUUGGCCAACAGACCUCAGACCUCCAAAAAACUUUGGCUGCUUGUCUCGUAACAUCACCAAUAUUCUAUGGCAGCACCCUAUCACCUCUUCCCAUAAGCUUGGCGGCAAGUGUGACUGCUUCACAGAAUCGCAGGUUCAAACCUCCACGAACACCUGGCAGCACACGGAAAUUAGGUCCACGGCUUUACAGGCUUGGUCUAGCCUGGCUGGCCUUCUCCGCUCCAUUAGGGUACUGUAUUUUCCAUAACACCACAGCCACACUGUACUACCUGUCUGACUCUAUAGCAGCUCUGCUGGAUAUUUUCUGGUUUCUGCCUUGGCUCCGAGAUGUUUUGGAGUACAUUCUUUUAAUGCCAUAUCGGAUCCUGUGUGCGCUUGCUGGAGGGGGGUACCACGAAGAAGCAUGGAGGAAGGUGCUAGAGAUAUUGCUGAAAGAGUACACACAGAGAGAAAAGGAGGCACUGCAGGUGUUGUCCCUGGAGACAGAGGCCUCUCUUGAAGAGAUAAGUCGAAACUACAGGGAGCUGGCCAAGACAUGGCAUCCAGACCACAACCCAAGCAAGGAUGCUGAGGCAAUGUUCAUGAAGAUCCAAGACGCUUAUGAAGUCCUGCUGAGGUGGCACAGGCCCCAUCGAUUCAAAUAGUGGACCUGGAUUCUUUACUGAUUGGCCUGUAUUGUUUUUAAGAAAAAAAAAAUAUAUAGUUUUU